UUCCAGCUUUACCUUAGUCGCAAUUCAUUUUUCUUUGUAUCAUAUCGAAAAAAAAAUCCAGAAAAUCACUGCAUCGAAAAUGAAGAACUAUAGUCACAGUUUCGUGCUAGUUUUAUUGACAAUAAUUGCAGUUUCGUCAACGAUCGCAGUCGAUUAUUGUGACCGUUGCAAUGGUGAUCACAUUGCUUGCAAUAAUACUGGAGAAUUCGGACCAGAUUGUCCAGCUGGUGUUACCGUUGUUCCAAUGACUGCUGACAUUAUUGCAUCGAUUCUUAACAGACAUAAUACAGCUAGAAUGAACAUUUCCAAUGGUCAAGUUAGUGGAUAUGAAACGGCCGAUCGAAUGAUACAAAUGUCCUGGGACGCAGAAUUGGCAUCUUUUGCUGAGAUGGCUGCAAAGACUUGCAUUUUUGAUCAUAUCAAAUGCUGGACUACAGCCGUGUAUCAGUAUGCCGGACAAAAUAUUGCAAUGGAUAUUGCCACCGAAAAUCCUACUGAUGCUAUAAAUGCCAUGUUCGACAGAUGGUACAAUGAGUACGCAAAUUGUAAUAUGGAUCAAAUAAAAAAGAUUUCCACAAUGACAGGCGCUAAUGGAAAAACAUUCGGUCAUUUCACUCAAGUUGUAAUGGCAAACUCCAUGAAAAUCGGAUGUGGUAUGGUAAACUACUUACAAAGUUCGUGGCUGUACUCUCACCUGGUAUGCAAUUACGCCCAAACAAAUAUGUGGGGAUGGCCUGUGUAUACACUUGGUACACCAUGCUCGGGAUGUGCAUCUGGUUGCAGUGCCACUUACCCAGGAUUAUGCAACCCUGGUGAGGUUGUUACCUGGUAAAAAUGACGUGCAAUGCAUCAGUUUCAGCAAAAAUUAUUUUUAAAACUCAAUAAAUCAGUUGAUGCAGAUAAACAAUGUCUUUUUC